CCUCGGGAUUCGUAGCCAUGCUCGGAUCUGAUCUCAUCGCUCUCACUCUUCUUUCCCCUUUCUUCCUCAUUUCCACUUCCACUUUCACACUCUCAGAUCAAAAUCAAAUGCUUCAAAACAUUCCCUCAUCACACUCACACUCUUUAAGUUCCAAUUUUACCCUCACUACUAUUAUACUCUAACUGAAAACGGUUACAGAGGAGAACGAUUUGCAGUUACACAUUCAACUGCAUUGCAUUGCGCUUUAUUCGUCAAUGUUACUAAUUUUGCAUUAAUGGCGGCGAGUUCUAGAGGCUUCUCAACGACGCAGUUCGAUUUCAAGCUCAGAGCAACACGACUCAAUGUUGCUCUAUUACCGAACAAUUACUUCCCGGAGUUAUGCCGGAGAAAGCGAAGAAAGACGUUUUCCGAUGCGGAACGAGUUCGAAUCGGUAAUCUCGAAUUUCGAUGCUGUUGUUCUGAAUCGGUUACUCCGAUUCGAAGAACGAGUGGACAUGAGAAAAUCGAGGAACGGAGAUUCGAUCCGAAGAAAAACCCUCACGUUCAUAGAGUUAGAACUCGAGCUACUCCAGCUGCAAUGCCGUUCGCUUCUCCACCGUCCAUUUUGAAGCAGGAAAAGUUCUCUCCUCGUUGCACCCCAAGAAAUUCUGGCCCACAGUCACGAGACACCCCGCCCAAAAGAGACACUGGUAUAGCAAAUGAGAAGGACUGGGGUAUCAGCCUGUUAAAUGAAAAUGUUAAGGAGUCUGGCACUAAUGAAGAUGGGAGUACCUGGUACAGAGAAAAUGGGGAAGAGCUCGGUGAAAAUGGAUAUAGAUGUAGAUGGACAAGAAUGGGUGGUCAAUCCCAUGAUAGUUCAUCAGAAUGGAAAGAAACGUGGUGGGAGAAGAGCGACUGGACUGGAUAUAAGGAGCUAGGUGUGGAGAAAUCUGGUAGAAAUUCUGAGGGGGAUUCUUGGUGGGAAACUUGGCAAGAAAAUCUUCAUCAAGAUGAAUGGAGUAACAUAGCAAGAAUAGAGAGGAGCGCACAAAAACAAGCAAAAUCAGGAACCGAAAAUGCUGGAUGGUAUGAGAAAUGGUGGGAAAAAUAUGAUGCUAAAGGUUGGACUGAAAAGGGGGCACAUAAGUAUGGUAGGCUGAAUGAACAAUCGUGGUGGGAAAAGUGGGGAGAGCAUUAUGAUGGAAGAGGAUCUGUUCUCAAAUGGACAGAUAAAUGGGCUGAAACUGAACUUGGAACAAAAUGGGGAGACAAGUGGGAGGAGCGGUUCUUUAAAGGCAUAGGUUCGCGUCACGGGGAAACUUGGCAUGUAUCUCCAAGCAGUGAACGUUGGUCAAGAACUUGGGGAGAAGAGCACUUUGGAAAUGGGAAAGUCCAUAAGUAUGGAAACAGCACAACCGGUGAGAGCUGGGACAUAGUUGUAGACGAAGAAACUUAUUAUGAGGCUGAACCUCAUUAUGGAUGGGCCGAUGUUGUGGGUGAUUCAAGCCAACUACUCUCGAUUGAGCCCCUGGACAGACCACCUGGUGUCUUCCCCAAUUUAGACUUCGGUUCACCUCCAUUGCCCCAAGCAGAUGACCAUGACCCACCAGUUGAUUUCCCCUCGUCGCAGUGAAAAUCUGACUUAAAGCACCAUCGUUUAUUUUGUUUAAUUUUUAGAGUAAUCAUGUCAUUAAGAGGAACUCCAUUUGUGAAAGAUAUAUAUACUCUAGAUUAAUCAUUUUAUUCAUUCUUUCCAUCUUAAUGGUAUUCUCAUUAUUUUUCCA